AUGGCCACAACCCCCACCGCAACAUUCGAGGAAUUGCACGUUGGAGAUGUGAUUCUCAAGCGUGUUACAACGGACGGUUCGCCAUCCACUUUCAUGGUGCAGUUUACCUGGGAUCUAUGCGCAGAACACCGAGUGGGGCAGGGGCACUGUGGAGCGGAGAAUCAGGGCACCACCACGAAGAGGCAGCGUCUAGCGAGUCAGAAGAGCAACCGGAUCACUAAGCACAAGGACAAAUCAACCUCAACUUCAAGGAGGGCGAGGUACACCCCGGCAGACGACGCAACGAUCCUUCGGCUAAAGGGGCAGGGGCUUUCUUGGAUCGAGAUCGCCGAGCAGUUCCCAGGGCGCAGUGCCGGGGCUAUCCAGUUGAGAUAUUAUACUAAGCUCAAAAGGGAGGAGGAGUGGGAGGUCGAGGCGAUGUGCCGGCAUAGAACGCGGGAUGACGGCGACCUGGAACUGCUGGUAAGAUGGACGGGUGGAGAGGAGACAUGGGAGCCCUACGAGAACAUGGCAGAGAACAUGGCAGAGACGCAGGCGCUUGACGAGUAUGAGCAUCUUCAUGCGCACGAGACGUGCCCAGGUGUUGGAUAUGCAGCAAAGACACCGCUGCCCAAACAGGCAAGGUUGCUCUCCAUUCCAUUUCGAGUGGGCGAUGGCGAUCCCGUUGACGCCGCAACCGGUACUGCAAAGGGGGCCUCGAUCCACCAGUCGGCAAAGGAUUGCCUGGAGAAGCAAGGUCGCGCUGGCUUGCUGCAUCCUUGCUCUCCAGAAUAA